GCUUAGAAAAUAAUAAAAUUAGAUUCCAGAUUAAAUAAUUUUAGAUUCUAAAUGUUUAAAACCAGCAGAUAGCCUUUUGGAUGUUGUUAAAAUACUUGACAAAUGUGAACAACAUGUUACAUUGAACUUAAUUCUGUUAUCAAAUGAGAGUAAUUCCUUUGUUUUAGCAAAAUGGGAGAGAAAGCAGUAGAAAGUGAUGGUAAACUGUAUCAUGAAAGACAAGUUAAAGAAUUGUGUGCUUUGCAUGCUUUGAACAAUCUUUUACAAACCAAGCAAGCUUUCACCAAAAAGGAUCUUGAUGACAUAUGUAAUAGGUUAUCCCCCGGAACUUUUAUUAACCCUCAUCGAAGUAUGCUUGGACUUGGAAAUUAUGAUGUAAAUGUUCUAAUGGCGGCAUUACAAGAAAAAGGAUAUGAAACAAUCUGGUUUGAUAAAAGGAAGGAUGUAAGCAUCUUAGCUGCUGAGAGAAUAAUGGGUUUUAUCCUCAAUACACCUACAGAUUAUAAACUGGGAUUUGUGAAACUUCCAAUACAUCGCAAGCACUGGAUUGCUAUUCGCUGGCUUCAAGGAAAGUAUAUGAACCUGGAUUCGAAACUUGAUUCACCUUCAGAAAUAGGAGAUCAAAAUAGUUUGCUUGAAUUUUUAAGGAAAGAGCUGAGUAAUGGGGAAAAGGAACUAUUACUUGUCGUAGAAAAAAGUGUUUAUGAAGAUUCCUUGUGGCGUAAUGAUAGUCAUAGUUUAACUAAUUCAGACCCUUUGUACUCUUCAUCCUCCGCGCCUAGAUUACCCACUUCAAACAAUUCUGCUGCGUGCAAUGGCACUAAUGGUUCUCAUUGUGGUGUACAUGAUAGUGAUAGCAAUUCAAAAUUAUGCUGUGAUACAAAAUUACGUGGACAACCAAUAAAUACUCUCAUUUCAAGUUGACAAUUGUCUCUUUUUAGAAACUUGUGUUAAAUGUAUUUGUUAUAAAAAAAGAUUCAGGACUUGAAAACUGAUUUCUUGCAUUUCCACUUUUAUGUGAUUCAUUCGUUUAGGUCAGUAAAACAUUGAAUAAGUAAUAAUUAGAAAAAAAUAUCUGUAAAAAUAAGUGCUUUUUUUCUCUUGUGUAGUUUAUAUUCAGCUUGAGUAACUAUUUAAUGUGCAGUUCUUCCAAACAAAAUAUGCUACUAGAUUGAAAAAAAUAUAACAAUUUUAUGUAUAUUUUUUUUGCAUAAUAACAGCAUUCAAUGGAUGAGGGAAAUUUCUGCUUGUUGUUAUCUUUAAGUGCUUUAUUCUCAGCCUAAAUGUUAAUUGCAACUGCGUGAUGGCUGGUUCAAUUGAGUUAUAUUUUGUCAACUGUAGCUUGUUAUUUCAUACGGUUUUGGCUUGACUUUUUUGCUUCAUACCUAGGAUAUAGUUCUGCAUAUGAAGUAAACAAACACUGUUACUAUAUUACAUUGAUUGCAUCACUAUGCUUUCACAGUUAUUGGCUAAUGAAAAAGUUUAGCAAUUUAUUAUUAUUCUUGUUCAUUAAAAAUAAUAUAUAAUCCUCUAUUUGUUUAGUUCCUUUUUGGUUUAAAGGGUGGGCAACAAAAAGUCUUAGAUGUGGUUUAUUUAAUGAGUCUCCUUCUUUCAGACUUAGUUUAUAUGUAAUAGUUAACACACCAUAAAAUUACUAACAAUGGUGAUCAUGAAUAGUGAUGCAAUUAAUUUCUAAAAAUAACAUUUUGUGAAAAGUUAAGUGAAUGUCAACUGAUAACAUUUAAUUUUUACUUUACAUUAUACAAUUACAUCAAACACUUUCUUUUGAAACUUAAUUAUGGUGACCUUAUGUUUUGAUUAAUAAACAAAAUUCAUUAUGACUUGCCUUGACCUUCUAAUUAAGAUUAUGUUAAUUAGUAUAUGCACAACUAGUUAGGGUAUGGUAACAAUGAGCAGAGAAUGGAUCAUUUCACUCAAAAUGACAACACAAAUCUUGGAGCAGUGGAUUCACUAGUAUUUGGGGGGAAUUACUGACAAAUAUAAAUUUUUUAACAUAUUAGUGCUGAAAAUUGUGUUUUUCUUUUUGAAGUUUUGUUACAAGGAAGGGGGAUGUUAAUGUAAUUUUGGAGAUUGAACUCUUUCUGAUGAUAAGGGGUAAAAAUUCACUAAAUUUGUGUGAGAUGACCUCUGAACUUUUUCUUCAUGUUUUGUUUUGUUUACAAAUGUCAGCAUUGUCCUUAUUUCUGGCAGCAUUUCUAUUAGCACAGAGGUUCCUUAGAUUAGAAACAAUGAGGUGCCUUAAAAUUGUAAAGGAAUAAUGUGCCUUCCUAGGAGUAGUGAGGGAAAUGUGAAAUAACAGCUUUAAACCAGAUGAAAAGUAGGAACCUCUGUUUGACGUACCUCUCAGUGAUAAGCAAGAAAUGUUUUUCUACCUAUUUUAACCACAUAGUGUAUGUAUAUAUAAUUUUUUUUUAAAACUAAUUUGAAAUAAAUUUUAUACAU